AUGGCGAGCGGAGGGGUCUCGGUGGCUUCGCUGUGGACUGAAGUGAACCGCUGCGGACAGAAUGGAGACUACACGAGAGCCCUGAAAGCUCUGACUAAAAUUUUGCACGAAAACAGAGACGAUGUGACGGCCCUUACCUGUAAAAUAGUUUGCCUUGUUCAGAAUGGCAGCUUCAAAGAGGCGCUGAAUGUCAUGAACAUCCAUUCAAAGGUGCUCGGCAGUGAGGUUGUGUUUGAGAAGGCGUACUGCGAGUACCGGCUUAACAGAGUGGAAAGUGCCCUGAAGACCAUUGAAAGUGCUCCUGAACAAACAGACAAGCUGAAGGAGCUCUACGGUCAAGUGUUGUACAGACUGGAGCGCUACGAUGACUGCAAGUCUGUCUACACAGAUCUGAUCAGGAACUCUCAGGAUGAGUACGAGGAAGAGAGGAAGACCAACCUCGCUGCUGUGGUGGCUUCAAUGAGUCAGUGGGAGGAAGCGCCACUGGAAGAUCUAGGUCUACCCGAGUCGACAUAUGAGCUGUGUUACAAUGCUGCCUGCGCUCUGAUUGGCCAAGGACAGCUUACGGAGGCCCUCAAUAAACUACGACAAGCAGAGGAUCUUUGCAGAGUCUCAUUGGCAGAUGAUUCUGAUAUGACUGAAGAGGAUAUCGAGUCGGAGCUGGCCGUCAUCCAUUCUCAGAUGGCGUAUGUCAUUCAAUUACAAGGUCGGACAGACGAGGCACUGCAGCUUUACAACCAGGUCAUCAAGCUCAAGCCAUCAGAUGUGGGGCUGCUUGCUGUGACUGCCAAUAAUAUCAUUACAAUAAACAAGGACCAAAACGUGUUUGACUCAAAGAAAAAGGUGAAACUGACUAACGCUGAAGGUGUUGAAUACAAGUUGGCAAAGAAGCAGCUGCAGGCCAUUGACCUAAACAAAGCCCUCCUGGCCAUGUACACUAACCAGGCUGACCAGUGCAGGAAACUGUGCUCCAGUCUUCAGUCUCAGAAUCCGGGUCACCCGCGGCCGGUCCUCAUCCAGGUUGCUCAGCUGUGCAGGGAGAAGCAGCACAGCAGGGCCAUAGAGCUGCUCCAGCAAUUCUCAGAUCAGCAUCCAGAGAGUGCAUCUGGCAUCAAACUGACAAUGGCACAACUAUAUUUAAUACAAGGUCAUGUAACAAAAGCUUGUGAUGUUCUAAGGUCCAUUGAAGAGUUCAAGCACAAAUCAGGGAUGGUUUCAGCUCUGGUAACGAUGUACUCCCAUGAAGAAGACAUUGACAGCGCUAUUGACAUUUUCAAACAAGCUAUUGAGCACUACCAGUCUGAACAGCCCGGAUCUGCAGCACACUUGGCUCUUGUACGAGAAGCUGCCAAUUUCAAACUGAAGUACGGACGGAAAAAAGAAGCGAUUAGUGAUCUGGAGCAGCUGUGGAAGCAAAACACCAACGACAUCCACACAUUGGCACAACUCAUCUCGGCGUAUUCUCUGGUGAACACGGAUAAAGCCAAAUCCCUCAGCAAGCACCUACCAUCCGCAGACACAAUGGCCUUAAACGUGGAUGUAGACGAGCUGGAGAACUCCCACGGAGCCACCUACGUCAGGAAAAAAGCUGCUAAGGUCAUAGGAGAAAACCUUCCCAAAGAACAAGGCCAAGGUGAGAUCAAAAAGAAGAAGAAGAAAAAGAAAGGCAAACUGCCUAAGAAUUGUGACCCCAAAGCGACCCCUGACCCUGAGAGGUGGAUGCCCAUGAAGGAGCGUUCCUACUACAGAGGCAAGAAGAAGGGAAAGAAGAAGGAGCAGAUCGGAAAAGGCACACAGGGAGCAACUGCAGGAGCUUCAGCCGAGCUGGAUGCCAGUAAGACAGCCAGUAGCCCCCCUACCUCCCCCAGACCAGGGUCUGCAUCUAGCUCAUCUACAGCCCCCGCUAGCAACGUGGUCCCCCCACGACAGCAGAAACCCGCAGCCUCGGGGGCCACACGAAAGAAGGCACCACAGAAAAAGAAGAAGGGUGGCAAAGGCGGCUGGUAGUCGGAGGGAAGCAACGUGAGGCAGAGGAGCCAUGGGCUGUGUGGCUGAGAAAUCACCAAGAAAUCAAAAGCUUUUUUUUUUUUUUUUAAAUGUUCAAAAAAGUUUAAUUAGACUUUUUUCUUCUGGUCAUUCAUUUAAAAAUGUGAAACCAAAAGCUCCCCUUUGCUCUUCUAUGUCAUUAAUUUGUGGUGUUUUUUUUAGCACAGAAGAGAGAAUUUCUAAAAGACAGUUCCACUGUAAUUAACUUUGUGUUACACUGCAAAAGCAGAUUGUUUCUUAGUUAUUUUUACUUUUUUUUUAUUGUGACUUUUGGAGUUCACAGUAAAAGGAACAAAAAAUAUUUUAUUGUUCUAUCAUUAUAUGCUAAAUUUACAUUUCUAUAAUAAAAUGUGAUACAUUUUUGGGUUGAUUCAGCCAACUUUUAUUCAGUGAAGUUUCAAAUCAAUCCUUAAAGGUGGGGUAGGCAAUUUCAGCAAGUAUCUCGUCACAGUCUGCUAGCUGUCCGUUCUGUGUGUGAGCUGACAAAAAUCUGGUGUUUGUACACGGUCCUGGCUCUGUAAAUGGGAAACAAAGAAAGUGGCUCGCACCGAACCACGCACCACUAUUCCAGCCAUUCCUGCCAUGAUUUGUGCGUCAGGUAAAUUGCUUGUCCACGGACAUUCAGCUUAAUUUCUACUCUGCCAAGACCAUGCUUUUAUUGUGAUGUUGGCUAUAGUAGCAGAAGAGUUGUAUUGCUGUUUGGAGCUAGUGUUCUGGCUCUGGGAAAACGUCUUGUCCUUUCUCCACAUUAGCUUCACAGCAGCAACUGUAGCGACAGUGGGCUAACCCACAACUUAGCGAACGUUAGUUACAUUACUUGCUGUGUCGUCGUUCACUCUAUAUCAUGCUGUUGGACAUCGCAUACCCCACCUUUAACACAAUGUCCCUUCUGACAUCAAGGACAUUUUAUGGGACCUUAAUGUUUUCAUUCAGGAAAACCCACAGAUCAGUUCAAAUGGCUAGUAUAGUUUGAUAAGCACACUGCUUUUGGAAGGUAACUUGAAGUUAAAUUUUUGGGAGAAUUGUCAUUUUAAUAUGUCUUGGGGGUCUGAGGGUCACAUGGUUUGGUAAUUAGCAAACAGCCAGACAUUGUGCUCUGACUGUUUGCCAUUAUGUUCCUCUAAAUUUCCCCUUUUCUUUCACUAAGCUGAUGCAAUGUUAAAAAAUAUUUAUUUUUGAAUCUGUGUUGGUCUACUUUCAAGCAAAAUAACUUGGAAGUCUUGAAUUUAAUUUUGCAUGUUUUAGAAAAUGAGGAACUAGACCAAACAGACAUCCCAUUUUGUUAAGUCUCAAUAAAACUCUUAACAGCAACACA